UAAUUGGCAUUGAAAAGCAUAGAGUGCAAAAAAAAGUGAAAACAGACCAACCACCUGGUCUUCCGGUAACACUCCGGCCGGAAUCCACGUUUCCGGCCAGCAUCCACUAUUCUUUGAUCGAUCAUUUUCUUUUAUAUGGAUCCGAACAAGAAGGAUGUUAAAGGUAAAUACGAGUCGUCAAGUAGCGGUUUGUAUUGGACUAAUGAAAGACAUGUUCAUUUCCUCAACUCCAUUGAGGCUUCCUUUGUUCGAGCCAUGCUGGAGAACAAUAACGCAGCCCCAAUUCUUCCGCUUGACCGUCAUUUGCCUGACAGUACAGAUUCAACCCUUGAUACCCCUAAAGAAAGACGACGUAGAUUUUCUACAUCAGACAUCAAGAUGAGCAGCGGAAGCAGAAUAGAUGUUGAGAAGAAAACUAGAAGAAUGUCAUCCAACAUAUCCUCACAAGAUCAGGUAGUCCCACAAUACAAGCAUGGAAGAGGAGAUAAGGAUGCUGACGGUCACUCUGACGUUCCUUUCAGUUAAAAAUAUUUUAAGGCACAAAAUAUCUUUGCGAUUUGUAGAGUUCGAGAAAGACUCGCACCUUAAAAGUAAUCUAAGGCAUAGAAUGUCGUCUUAUAUUAAGAAAAUCUUGAAAAAAAACGUAUCUAAGAAAUGCAAUUUUUUUCACUUAAUUAGGCAAUGUAAAAUGAUUAACUAUUUUAAAAAUCACCCCUUAAGUUUAUUUUUCUUACUUCAGAUUUAUAUCUUUCUUUAUAAAUGUAUGUUGUGAAUAGAAAAUGAUCUUUAUCUUUCAAUUCAUUAAUCUUACUUC